AUGGGUAGUGUAGAAGGAGCCAAUCAAAUGGAAGGUGAAUGGACAGAAGCCAGGCGAAGAAAAUGGAAGAGAUUAUCGAUGAUCGGAGACCGACCAACAUGGAACCACGCUGGUGUUACAACAAUGUUCGUAUCAAACCUUCCAAUGGAGAUCCGUAAAAACUCCUUGGCGAUGACUUUUGCAAAGUUUGGAGAGGUGGUGGAUGUCUAUAUUCCAACAAAGAAGGAUGUCAAGAAGAAGUAUUUUGCUUUUACUUUGGACGUGAACAUAGCGAUGUUUGAAAGAAAAUCGGCCGGAGCAGUAGUAGCAAAAGAUCGUGAGACCACUCAUAUCCCACCUCCUCAUCCACAAAAGCAAGUUGCUCCUAUUUGUCUCUCAAACGACUCCCCACUUCGAGGAUGGAUUAAAGGUAAGUAUACUUUAAUUGGUGUAUUACACAAUUUUGAUCACCUUGAGAAAGCUCCAUACUCAAUUAAAAACUGUGAUGGAUCUCGAUGUGAAAUAAAGUACCUUGGUGGAUUAAGAAUUGCAGUAAAAUUCAUGAAUGAUAUGAGCAGAGAAGUAUUCAUGAAAGGAUGGGUAGAAUGGCCUCCCGUCGGAGCUGUGGUCAGAAGCGAACUUCAACGCCAUUGCUGCGACAUAUGGCUAUAUGGUGGUUCCAUUCGUAGUGGAACAAAAAGAGAUGAAUUUAUCUUAAGGAAAGGGAUCUCAGAAGUGGACAUCGACUGGGUUCCAUUCAAGUCACAAAGGUAUCAAGUGGAAGAUAGUGAUUUUUCAGAUGAUGGAAGGAACGACGAAGAAGAUGAAUUAGAUGAUGAUUGCGAUGGUAUCUCUGAAACUAUGUUGGCUGAUAACAACGAUGAUCUGGAAGAAGGAGAAAUCGGAAGGAUGGAUCUUGACCAGGUCGAGGAAUUGAAUCGAGGAAACUACAGAGCCGUCAACGACAACUCACCGGUGACAGUUUAG